AUGUCUGGUCCCACUCUUGAUGAAAUACACCAGCUAGCAGAUGUUACAGCAUCGCAGCUUGCACCAUCUUUGAUGCCUGGUCAGAGUCAAACUAAAGCAGCUGAAUUUGAAGCUCAAAGUGCUUCUGUUCUUCAACAGAAGGUGAAGAAGACAUUAGAUUUCUUGUCUUCAAUCGACUUGACACUGCUGGAUUUUUUUUCUGCUCUUGUGAGCCCAUGGAACUCCGGAAACGUCUUCACGGAUUUUCAAAAGCAUCUUUUUUGCUCCUCAUCUAAACGUUUUGAGGGUCUGCUUGACCUGCUGUGGUCGCACCCAAAGGCAAACAAAAAGUUCAUGAACUGGAUGUAUCCACAUGGUCUUCGUCUUGUGUUAGACCGUGUAUAUGAUGAGAUGGACAAUGUGAAGGAGCACUUCAGUAUGACAUCCAGCCUUGUAACGCCGGAGUUUCUAUCAUCAUGGAAUAUUCAGGAUGCGCUCUCUGCAGUGAAUAUGACGUGA